CUCUCUAGCUUUCAUUCUCUGUUUUCUUUUAACAUCUGAUAAGGAUCGGAUCUAGCUCUCUUCUUCUUCGAUUCCUCUGUCUCGUCGAUCGGGGAACUAACUUAAAUGGACAAACGCAAAGCAGUGAUGGGUGCUGGCCGGAGAUGGGCCGUCGAUUUCUCCGAUCAAUCAACCGUCCCAUCUUCCCGGGACAUCCUAGAUCCACCUGGCUUCUCUCGUGUUUCUCCCGAGCAGGAUGACUCAGCGACGAGCCGCCAAAAGAAAGACGCCGAAGCUAACUGGAAACUUCAGAAAGCGUGGGAAGUAGCGCAGUCACCAUUUAAGAAUUUGAUGAUGAUGGGUUUCAUGAUGUGGAUGGCUGGAAACACUGUUCAUCUCUUUAGCAUUGGUAUCACUUUCUCUGCUCUUUGGCAGCCUCUCAGCGCCCUCCAGAGCGUUGGAAAGGUUUUUGAGCCAUUCAAGGAUAACAAGGUGGAACUACUUAUGCCCAAGCUGGUGUUUCUUGCCCUUAACCUUGGAGGGUUAGCUUUGGGUAUUUGGAAGCUCAACACUUUGGGGCUUCUUCCAACUCAUGCAUCAGAUUGGGUUUCAUCUCUACCCCCUCCUCAGGAGGUUGAACACUCUGGCGGAGGAUUUGCUUUCCACUGAUGAGCAUGUGUCUCUUUGAGAUAAUUACGAAAGAUACUUAAGUGAUUUGUUCAAUCCUAUAUCAUGAGGGGAAGAUUCAUGUGGACCUUCUCAUCUCGUGAUCUUCUUGUAGCAUUUUCAAAACUCUGAAACCAUAGCUUUUUUCACUUAUGGUGUGAUGUUCAUUGCUCAUCAUAACUUUGAAUUGUAUUAUUGGCACUGAAGGAACUUUCCCAGCUUUUUUAUAGACAGGAAUGGAUAAUGUUACAGACUGAAGUUUGGUUCUUAAUUUGCUUGAACCAUGACUCUGAAAUAACCAAUCAAACAAA